AUGGAAUCCGGAGCCAUCACCGAUGCCCAAAUCACAGCCUCAUCAAGCUUCGAUGAGCAAUCCGUCGGCCCACAGAAUGCUAGGAUUCGAAGCGAAAAAGCUUCCGGAGCGUGGUGUCCGAAGAGCCAGAUCCAUGGCACCAAUUACGAGUUUAUUCAGAUCAACCUCAACCAAACCCACGUCCUGACCGGUGUCGAGACCCAAGGCCGUUAUGGUAAUGGGACCGGGAAGGAGUUCGCCACAAACUUCAUGAUCGACUACCUACGAGAGGGCGCCCAGUGGAUCCGAUACCGUAAUCGGAGUGGACAUGAGCUCCUUGAUGGUAAUAAGGACACCAUGACGGCAUUACUGACCAAGUUGGACCCGCCGAUCAUCGCCUCCAGAAUCCGGCUAGUGCCCACUAGCAAGCAGAUGAGGACGAUGUGUAUGCGGUUGGAGCUGUUUGGGUGUCCGAAUUAUGACGGCCUGAUGUUCUACACUCAACAUCCGGAGGGCUCCAGGAUCGGCUUCCUCGACUUUAGAGACCGAAACUUUGAGCAGGUCGAGCCUACCGGUGAUGUCAAAAGGGGUCUGGGCACGCUGGCUGACGGAAAAAUUGGGACUAGAUCUCCGUACGAGGAUACCCCUGAUAACACUACCUGGAUCGGAUGGAAUAAGGAGCAGACAGGAGGCGAGAUCAAGCUCCACUUCGACUUCGACACGGUCCGCAACUUCUCCAGCGUCGAGUUCCACGCGUUCGGCGAGAAGAUGGACCAGAUUGCAGUCAUGUUCAGCCAAGACGGCGUCAUCUUCCCCGAUUCCUCCACGAUCAUGUCCGUCGAUCAGGCGGUAAACAAAUCGAUGCGCAUCUUCCAGAUCAGAAUCCCACUCCACAAAAGGCCAGGGAAGGCCUUAAAGGUCAACAUCAAAUUUCUGACCGAGUGGUUCUUCCUCAGCGAGAUCAAUUUCAAUUCAAUACUCUACAAUCUUCCAAACGGGAUCCAAGAAAUCCCGGUAGAAAUCGAAGAGACGACCGUGACACCUGAAGUGAAUCUGGGAGGGUUACUGUAUGCUGCCCUCGCCCUCAUCGCCUUUUUGAUUCUCAUCUGCUGCUUCUGCUCCAUUUUAUUCCUCAGGCGGAGGAAGCCCAGGGAGAAGGAGCCGCUGGAUAUUUAUGAAGGCGACUCUCGAGCUGCGAUGAUCGUGACGACGAUGGGUAAUGGAAGAACCUACCCUUCCCAUUCCUACAUCAACCAGCUGAACUCAAUGUUUUCGGGCGAGAAAACUGUGAGCACAAGCCUCUCCUCAAAGAGCAACAGUUCGACAAAGUCGGCAAAAACCGACGCACCUUCCUGGCAGGACUUCCAUUUCCCGCCACCUCCUCCCAAGGGUGUACAAGUUAAUGGUACCGAGGGCCACUACGCCGACCCCUCCCACACUCUACCACUUCUCCCAUCAAUGCCGCGCCCAACAACCCUCCAAAAAACGGCCAGCACCCUGCAUAAAAGCCCGAAAAAGCACAAGAUGUACGUCGAUGACAGUCUCCACUACGCUACGUCAAACAUUUUCACAACGUACGGGUUCGAUGCAAUCCAAAAAGUGAACAACAACGAUUUGGAAAUCGGCGCCGACCUGGGUGAGGGGAAGUUCACAUUAGUGCGUGAAUGCCGGACACCGUACUUUGCGAGAGCGGCACAUAAAUGUGCGAAGGAUCGCGGGAAUAUUCAUGCGAGGAAAGCCCUCCUCGACGAACUUCGCACGCUCUCCAACCUCUCCAACCCGCGGCUCGUCAAGCUGCUGGCAAUGGACGAGGACGCGGGAAUGAUUCUCGAGUUGGCUGAGUUGGGCGAUGUUCGAACCCUGUUAAAAUCGAAUCGAAAAAUUGGACUCGACAAUCUACUCACCAUCUGCAUCGAUGCUGCCCGUGGUCUCGAAUAUCUGGAGCAGAUGCAAAUCAUCCACGGUCAUUUCACGCCUGGGAAUGUGUUGAUAGAUGGGAAUUUGAGAGCAAAGAUAUCCGCCCCGCGAGGCCAAAAUCAUCAUGCCCAGCUGCGUUACAGCGCUCCAGAGAGUAUCGUGAUGAACAUAUGGUCGAGCAAAUCGGACAUGUGGUCAUUUGCCGUCACCACCUGGGAGAUUGUCCAAUUCGGAGAGCAUCUACCCUAUGAAGGCUUCAACAACGCUGAACUUGUCGAGAAUGCGCAGCGGGUGUUGAGCAGGGAUAAGGAGACGCUCCACCUCGUCCCGCCCGAGACGAUUCCGCGCGUAUUCCAAGAAGCCCUGAAGAAGGCCUUCCGACCGGAUCCGGAAAACCGGCCAACCUUCUCUGAGUUGACACCCAGAUUGGCGUCGUUUUACGAAUUC